AUGACGCAAGAGCUUUUAGUCGAGUUGCCUACAGCUACCCAUGAUGCUUUCAUCGCCUUCGUCGAGGACAGGUCCUCUUUCGCCCUUCUUUUCAACCUAACAGACGGCAACAGAAUCGAAGCCUAUGUGUCUAUACGUCAGUCCCAUACAUCAUUCCAACUCGAGCUGAACGAGCUUGAAAGCAACCUCAAUACGUCGAAGCCAGCCUACAUCGUUCUACGCCGCGGCGACUCGCUCACAUUCAUCACGUAUGUGCCUUACCGCGCUAAAGAAGAAACUCGCAAUAUUCUCCUCGGACGCAGACACGAUGUUGUACAACAACUUGGCGGAACGUAUAUAUCAUGCUCGAUCAUAUGCAAAGAAAUUGCAGAGAUCACAGACGCUCGAUCGUGGGCAGAACGAGACGCGGAUGCUACGUCGCCUGAUACUGCAAGCACCCAAUGUGAUGACAAGGGGUCGUGUAAUUGCGCUGAGCAUGCCGAGAUAUGUAUGAAAGAUGUAGGAUACAAGAAGAAUAAAUGCCGGCUAUGCGAUCGUCGCAUGAAGAACAGGAUCUCGCCUGCAGCUUUGGAGGCACUGAAGCUGCUCCAAACUCAGGGUGUAGCUGUGCAGAUUUCCGUCGAUAUCACCACCGAAACUCUCGAACUGAACUACAUCAAGAAUGAUAUACUUCCAGAAUAUGUCGCAUCAACACUUCCAGAAGGCAAGCCCAGUUUCACCUUCUACCGCCACCCGAAUACUCGGCUACUCUACUUCAUAUUCCAUUCGCCCGACAACGCCUCAGUGCAGGAGCGCAUGAAGCACACAAUGGCCAUACCAGGUCUGAUCAACGUCCAUGCUCAAGACCAGAACGUGCAUGUAGACCAGAAGAUUGAGAUUCACGAUCCGGAUGACCUCGUAUUCGAAGCCAAAGACGAGCGCAUUGGGAAGUUUAGGAGCGUAUAUUUGAGGAACAGGUUCCAAGGCACGGAAAGCACGUACGAUAGCCUUGAAGUAGACAAAGACUUUUACGAUAAAGUUGAAUAG